GCGCCGAGCUCCUCCCUUUGCCUACCGCCCUUCCCACCGCGCGAGGAAAAAGCCAGCAGCAGCAGCAAGCAAGCAACUCAGCGGAGCACGGCAAAGCAAACGAAGAGCUCGCGUUGGCGUUGCCGACUUGCCGUGCCUUGCCUAGCUAGCUUCGCCACGACGAACCUGACGUGAGAGCGCGGCGACCACCCCCACCGGCCACCGGCGCGCGAGUAGCUUCCUGUCGUUCGUUCCCUCCGAGAGCGUCUAUUUACCCCCGAGAGAGCCGGACGCGCGAGAUGGAGAUGGCGGGGGCGGCCGAGGCCGACACGCCGUCGCACGAGCCGGUGCGCACGGGCCGGAGCAACACCAUCCUGCUCCCCAUCGUCGGCGUCCUCUUCGCCUACCUGCUCUACCGCUUCCUCCGCCCGCGCCUCCGCCGCGGCCUGCGCCUCGACCGCCACGUCCCGUUCCCGUCGGGCGCCUCCCUGCCCGCCUGGCUCCGCCGCCGCGCGCCCAGCGGGAGCGCCGUGCUGCCCUACUUCGCGCCCAUCGCCGACCGCCUCGGCGCGCUGCCGUACCUCGGCCCCUUCGCCGACCGCCUCCCGCACGGCGGCGGCGCCCACGCGCUCGUCACGUUCCCCGGCGGGGAGGCGCUGUCGGUGGCGACCAUCCUCGAGGCGCCCGGGGAGGUCGUCGCCAAGUCCGCGCACAGCACGCUGUACCGCGCCGCGGUGCGGUCCGGGGAGGCCGCGGUGCUGCUCCGGUUCGUGCGCCCCGCCUGCGCCGUCGCCGCCGAGGAGGCCUACGCCGCCGCGCGGAGGGUCGGCGCGGUCAGCCACCCGAACCUCGUGCCGCUCCGCGCGGUGUACGUCGGCCCCAGGGGCGAGAAGCUACUCGUGCACCCCUUCUACGCCGCCGGCUCGCUCCACCGCUUCUUGCAAGAGGGGAUCGAGGAGUCUCAUAGAUGGAGCAUAGUCUGCAACCUUUCUCUGGGCAUUGCCAAGGGACUGGAUCACCUGCACACAGGCUUGGACAAACCGAUGGUCCAUGGCAACCUCAAGACGAGCAACGUCCUUCUGGACGCCAACUACGAGUGCAGGAUAUCGGACUACGGCCUCUACCUCCUGCUGAGCCCCGCCGCUGCCCAGGAGAUGCUGGAGGCCUCCGCGGCGCAGGGGUACAAGGCGCCGGAGCUGGUCAAGAUGCGGGACGCCACGUGCGAGAGCGACGUCUACAGCCUGGGAGUGGUCCUGCUCGAGCUGCUCGCGCAGAAGGAGCGCGCGGACGACGACGGCCGGCCGAACCCGCGGGACAUCCUCCUCCCGGCCUCCUUCAAGAACCUGGUCCUGGAGAGGAAGAUCUCGGACGCGUUCAGCUCCGACCUUGCCAGGCACUGCAAGAGGUCGGGGAAGGAGAAGAGCCUGAACGCCUUCUUCGAGCUGGCCACGGCCUGCUGCAGCCCGUCGCCGUCCCUGAGACCCAGCACGAGGCAGGUACUCAAGAGGCUCGAGGAGAUCGCGAGAUAAAUGGACGCGAGUGCUGAGCAGGCCUGGCGACUUGCUGCUUAAUCUGCAUCGCUCUCUAUUGCAGCAUACCGUUGAGCUGAGAAGCGUCUACCUUCCCUAAGCUAAACGAAGAACGUAUUUUUGUGGUGGGCGAGUAGGAAAUGGAUGCAUGUUUUUCACGUCCAGUAACCUGUACUGUACAGUUUCACCGAGAUGCAGGGUUGUUCAUCAGAAAACAUACAGGGUGUGCUUUCGGUGCAUGAGGAAUCUCCAUGUGGCGGAAUGUUCUCU